AUGGCGGAGUUCGACGAUGUCAAGGAUGCAAUACAUACAGACACAUCGGCGGUGCCAUCACGACAUGUUGACAAUGAAGAUGGGUGGUUUGUCGACAAGCAUGAACGUGAAGAUCUGGUGCGAGGUCUAAAACAGAGACACGUGCAGAUGAUUGCAAUUGCCGGCGCUAUCGGAACAGGUCUUUUUCUUGGGCUAGGCAAGUCCAUCUCCACGGCAGGACCAUUGGGGGCGCUUUUGGGCUAUAUGUUAGUCGGUGCUAUCGUCUGCGCGGUUCAGUUUGCCUUGGGAGAAGUCACUGCCCUCUUUCCUGUCACUGGAUCGUUUGUGCGCCAUUCUGAGAUUCUCGUGGACCCGGCUUUGUGUUUUGCUAUCGGAUGGAAUGUGGUUUAUGGAAAUUUCCUGUCCGUUCCCAGCGAGAUUUCAGCGGCUGUUGUACUCAUCCAGUACUGGAACGACAACAUCAAUCCAGCAGUAUGGGUGACCAUCUUCAUUGUACUAUCGACCCUGGUAGCAGUGAUUUUCAUUGGUGUAUACGGCGAGGUUGAAUUUUUCUUCGCUGUACUCAAAAUCUUACUUGUGAUUGGCAUCGUCAUCAUGGGCCUCGUUAUUGACCUGGGCGGUGUCCCCGGGAAACCAAGACUGGGCUUUCAGUACUGGAAUGCACCAGGUCCGUUUGUCGAGUAUAUUGCGGAAGGCUCAUGGGGUCAGUUUCUAGGCUUCUGGGCCGUCAUGUCCAACGCCGUUUAUUCCUUUGCGGGCGUUGAAUCCCUCGCCAUGGCGGCAGCAGAGACCAAGAAUCCACGCCACAAUAUUCCCAAGGCCUGCAAACGUGUAUUUGCUCGGAUUACUAUCUUCUAUGUGCUUGCUAUCCUGAUCGUUGGAAUGCUUGUAUCCAGUGAUGACGAGCGACUCAGUAAUGACUCCGGGACCGCUGCCCAGAGUCCUUUCGUAAUUGCCGCUAGCGACGCUGGCAUCAAGGCGAUACCAUCCAUCGUCAACGCCGUGGUUUUGACAUCUGCAUGGUCAUCAUCAAAUCAAGCAAUUCUCGCGGGAACACGUACACUAUACGGACUUGCCGUAAAGGGCCAUGCGCCAAAAUUCUUUCUGUGGACAACGCUGUAUGGAAUUCCAUAUAUGUGCGUGGCUGCGCAAAUUGCCUUCUCUUUCCUGGGUUACAUGUGUGUAUCUAAUGAUGCUCUUAAUGUCUUUUACUGGUUGCUUGAUUUGACAGCUGCUGGUGUUUUGGUCUGCUGGAUUACCAUCUCGUUGAACCACAUACGCCUGAUUCAAGCCCUGAAAAUACAGGGUUAUCCCCUCCAUGUCUUACCAUGGCACAACUCAUGGACACCCUAUGGAUCGUGGUUUGCACUUGUAUCAUGUGUUAUCAUUCUCUUGACGGGGGGUUUCACUGUCUUUACAUCGGGAAACUGGGAUCCCUCCAGUUUUGUAUCAAGCUACCUAGACAUCCCGUUGGUGCUCGUGGCUUUUGGGGUCUACAAGUUCCUUCGACGAACGAAGUAUGUCUCUUUGAGAGAUAUUCCCAUCGCCCAGGCUCUAGAGGAGGCACGAAAUGAUCCCGAGAACGUACCUAUUGUUAAGGUAAGGUGGUGGGAGCGAUGGAAUUUUCUAUGGUGA